AUGAGAAGGGAAGAAGGAGCUCCCCCUUUGUCAGACACCCAUCUCACCUGCUUGGCUAUGGAGUGUGUGCAGGUUUCACCUGUGCAGCAACAAGGCAAAGCUGUUGAGGGGGACCGUGUGCUGCUGCUCCUGCCCGCUCCUGCUGUGCAGAAGGAAGAGGGCUCUGACCCCUGGGCUGCUUCCCAACUGAACAAUAGCCAAGAUGGCAUGAAGGCGUUUCAAGACACUAAGGAGUUUUGUUCCAACAGUACAGAGAGCCUUCCCUCCCAGCAGGACCAUCCUUAUGUCAGAGAUACUGUAGAGCGUUGUACUGCGUGUUCUUUAAAGGAGGACCCGAAGGAGAGUUGUGAUGGGGCAGAGGAGGACUUGAAACCGUUGGAGACUUUGAACCAUCAGCCGGAACGGUCAUUGGUCAACGAAGCGGCUGACGGAAACAACACCUCUUUGGUUGCAGAACCUCUUGGGACGACUGCUCAAGAAGGACUUAGGGACAAGGAACGGUCUGCUUCCGAGCAAAAUAAGCAUUUGCCUGACAAAGCUGAGUCCUCUUCUCAGAACUGCUGUUUAAGCUUGGAAGCAGCAAGUGGGGACACACCAGCAGAUGACCUAUUAAACCAGGGUUCUCCACCAGUGGAUGAGGGGAAGCUGAAGCCCGGGGCAAAGCAUGUGACUUUUCCUUCGGAUGAAGACAUCGUGUCUGGUGCCGUGGAGCCUAAAGACCCUUGGCGGCAUGCCCAGAAUGUGACUGUGGAAGAAGUUCUCACCGCCUACAAGCAAGCCUGUCAAAAAUUAAAUUGCAAACAGAUACCCAAACUACUGAAGCAGGUCCAGGAAUUUAAAGAUCUAACCCCUCGGAUAGAUUGCCUGGAUCUAAAAGGUGAAAAAUUAGACUACAAGGCUUGUGAAGCUCUGGAAGAGAUUUUUAAGCGCCUCCAAUUCAAAAUUUUGGAUUUGGAGCAAACCACGACGGCUCUGAAAAUGAACAUGAACCUGCGGGAACUUUACCUGGCGGAUAAUAAACUCAACAGCCUCCAAGACUCGGCUCAGCUCGGCAACCUGUUGAAGUUCAACUGUUACAUACAGAUCCUGGACCUCAGGAACAACCACGUCCUGGAUUCAGGACUGGCCUAUAUCUGUGAAGGGCUGAAAGAACAGCGGAAAGGCCUGGUCACCCUCGUGCUGUGGAAUAAUCAGCUGACUCACACCGGCAUGGCCUAUAUGGGGAUGACCCUG